AAUGUCAAAAUAGGAUUUGCAAUUAUGCAAUUCCUUGAUACUGUACAAAGCAUAUUGCGUUAAAUGCGACCUUAUUUCGAAGAGCUUGUAACAAAUCUACGAUAAUAACAGAGAUUUUUCAAACUUUCGAAACAUGCGGAUAUCGUGGAUUGUCGAAAGAACCUUUGUACCUAUGACAAUCUUAGUUGAUUUACGGAGCGCGUUAUUUUUAACAAGUAUAUCGAUAAGAAGCUACUCAUAACACUCUUGACUAGCUGGAAUCAACGUAUGUAAAUCCACUGUAAUUAAUAUUCUACGCGGUUACUCGAUCGUGUAACUGAAUACGAGGGGGUUAAGAGUUCGCUUCUUUUUUCCCCCCUUUUUGGGCUGUCAUUGUCAGCUGAUUUGGUUCAUCGUUGAUUCAUCAUAUCCGACAAGAGGUUCGCAGGAAUUGAUUGGGAAAAUGCAUAGUAUGUGAUAUUAUUUCUUUAAAAUUCAUUAAAGUGAUGGCUUCUAUUUGUCGCCGCUGGAGACUAUGGAUUUUACCAGUUUUAACUUGUCUCUACGCGCUUCUAAUCAUUAUUCUGGUACCAAUCCUAUUGGCGAAUUCCAUUAAGAAUGGUUUCAGAAAGCAGGAUCAAGGAGCGCUUGUGGGUGGUGCGUUUGUACUGCUUGCCUUACCCAUUGCUUUCUAUGAAAUCGUUCAACACAUGAUAUAUUAUACACAGCCAAGGCUACAGAAAUAUAUUAUAAGGAUAUUAUGGAUGGUACCAAUUUAUGCAGUAAAUGCUUGGCUUGGUCUGGUGUAUCCUGAGGGCAGUAUAUAUGUGGACAGUUUGAGGGAAUGCUACGAAGCAUACGUAAUAUACAAUUUUAUGAUGUAUUUAUUGGCCUAUUUGGAUGCUGAUCGUCAGCUAGAACAUAGGCUUGAAAUGUCUCCUCAAGUUCAUCAUAUGUUUCCUUUAUGUUGUUUACCCGACUGGGAGAUGGGCAGGGAAUUUGUACAUAUGUGCAAACACGGGAUAUUACAAUACACUGCUGUUAGGCCUAUAACAACCUUGAUGUCUUUUAUCUGUGAACUGAACGGAGUAUAUGGAGAAGGUGAAUUCAGAACAGAUGUAGCUUUUCCAUAUAUGAUCGCUUUAAAUAAUUUAUCACAGUUUGUUGCUAUGUACUGCCUGGUGCUUUUCUACCGUGCCAACGCAGAGGCUUUAAAACCGAUGAAACCAAUUGGCAAAUUUUUAUGUAUCAAAGCAGUCGUAUUUUUCUCUUUCUUUCAAGGUGUAAUUGUUGCGUUAUUAGUAUACUUUGAUGUAAUCUCGAGUAUCUUCAAUACAAAUGACAUGGAUGACAUUAGAAAUAUAUCGUCAAAAUUACAAGAUUUCUUAAUUUGCAUCGAAAUGUUCUUAGCUGCUGUGGCUCACCACUAUAGCUUUUCGUAUAAACCUUUUGUAAAUCUAGCUCAAGGUCAAGCAUGGUGGGAUGCAUUCAGAGCUAUGUGGGACGUCUCUGACGUUCACAACGAUAUCAAAGAACACUUAGGAGUAGUAGGAUCAUCAUUAAGUCGCAGGAUACGUGGUCGUAGUGCCUAUCAGCAGGCGUGGGGAAGCGCGACAGAACGUACGUCUCUCCUUCCCGAGGCGUCUGUGACUACGACCAGGAGUGCACCAGCAUGUUCCUUUUACAAUACGGGAGAAAUCGAUCAGAACGAUGCUCCCGUCGAUCUCGUUCCAGAGGUGCAGGAUACCACGAACGCGGUGAAAACGUAACUUGUGCGGUAAUCAAAGAGGAAAUAAUACUUUGAUAACUGAGAAGAAUGAUUAACGAGAGCAAUUUCGUCUCGAACACUUUGUCCGAAUUUGCUCUGUAUCGUUAGUAUUACCUUUAAGCAGAGAAAUCUAAUUUUGCAACAAGCGUUCUCCCCCUGAAAAAAUAUUUGUACAAAUAUCUCAUUGUCCUGUUUGUCGAACGACGUACGCUCAUCAAGGAGGGAGCUACCGCGACGUGCACCGUAACGAAUUAAGGGAUUUGAUACAAGUCACUUUAACGAGACAUGUGUUUGUUUAACAAAAACGCUUUUUUCCUCCUUUAUUUGCGUUACCAAUAAUGUAUUACCAAAUAAUUGUCCGUGUAUGUGUACAUAUGUACUGUGUCACAGUGAAAGUUGUAAUUUAAUAAAUAUAUACAUUUAUAUACUACAUAGUCAAUGUGAUCCAUAUCAGAUUUAUGGUGUUCAUUUCAAUUGAUCUAAUAUUAAAAAGUUUCAAUUGCUUGUGAAUAGAUUUAAUAAUUAAGUUGGCAUGUAAUUACAUUGACUAGUAAGUGUAUAUUUUUAUUGAAUUGACACAUUUACUGUAAUAUAUAUGUACACAUACGUAUUCUGUUUAUAUUUAAAACAAUAUAUCGGUACAGUUCUAUUUAUAAAAGGUACGACGUUAUUUAUUGUUGGUUAGUGAACCCGAAAAGGGAAAUACAUAACAGACUAUAGCUGUUGUUCAGAUAAAUUGAAAUGUUAUCUGUUGUAUUUUUCGCCUAUGCAAUUACUCGUCCAAUGCUUUGAAACCUCACUAGAGCUAUGUCUAAAUCUGAUAUUAAAUAUACCGUAAAUAAUGAGGAAAAAAUCAUUCCUGCCAAAUGUAUAUUAAUAUUUAAUUUUAUAUCAACUAUGUUGAUUAUAAAAUGUACGAAGGAAGCUUACAUGUUCCAAAAAAAAGAAGCAUAGAAUUAUAAUGCAUUAACGACCGUUAAAAACUAUGCAAAUAAAUGGAAAAUGAUUAUUUGGUGUAACUAGGUAGGGGCCAGGGUGAACAUGCCCCCCCUCGCCAUUAUAGGGUUAUAAGAUUCUGAAGUUGUAAAAUUCUGAAAUUUAAAAACUAAAAAAUUUUGAAAUUCAAGGGACCUGGCCCGCCCUCCCAAUAAAUUAGUUACGCCAAUGGAAAUGAUAAUUAUAAUUGAACAAAAAACGGAAAGUAUCCGUUUUAUGCCGUUAAUGUAUUAAUUUAUACAACACGUUCGUAUCAUGUCGACAUAUAUUUCUCGUGCAUAAGUGGUGUUAAUUAUUCUAAAGAAAUAAUGUAUGAGAAACCCUUUUCAUUUUUUGUAUCUUUAGGGACAGCCAAAUAAGUUUGACAAAAUCUUUUUAACAAAAUUUUAUAAGCGCUUGUCAAGAUAUUGUAAAUUUGUUAUGAAAUAUUUUCGCUAUAAUAGCGUAUUAUAUGUAAUGAGAUAUUUUAACAGACAUUCGGACCAAAGAUGGAGUAAAUAUAGUUUAUGUCAGUUAGUGUUUGUCAGAUGAGAAAUUAGAAGAAACAACCGGUAGUCCUAGCGAUUUAUAUUGUCAAUUAAAAGCCCCUGAAAGGAAAUGAUAUUUUUAAUAUGUUUCUACCGCGUUAUUUGUAACUUUGUGAUACACGUGGAACUAUAUUAAUUACCUAUUAAUUAUGAAUCAAACGAAAGACAGGAAUAAAUUUCAAUAAAAUACCCUGUAAAUUUUUAUGUACCACAGGAAGGAACUUAGACAUAGACUGCGUAUUUUAAUAACUUCUACCACUUUUGUACAAACAAACAUAAAAAAAAACAUAUUUCAAUUUCAUAAGUACUUAAUGAAUGAUUCUAUCAAGUGUUGAUUACAUACUUCCUAGGACAGCAAAAAUGAUAAAAUAAACGUUAAAAAAAAGGAAAUAUCUAUAGGUUUCUAUUACAUACAGUGUUGAGAAACUUUUGUUACACUUUCUGUAUCACGCUUCAAAUAUUGUACGUUUAUUUUGUUAAUUGUAAUAAGAUAUAUUUAAGAGAUUAAUUAAAAAAAAAUACUCACUGCA